AUGAUUGGUGACAUUCAGAAUUGGUGGGAAGUCCCUUGCAUUGCACAUUUCUGCUCACUCUUCAGAGUUGCAUUUGAGCUGCUGGACUUUGACAUAGAGGAUUUGGAGGAAGCUCUUCUAACAGAUGGUGUAGACACUGAGGCAGAUGGAAGUACCCCACUUGUCCUGCGGGACCUGCUAGUGAGACUCCUACAGGGGAUCUUAGGGAAGAAGAAUGUGUCCUCUAAGAACUACCUCACACCUGUGAGGCAGCUCUGUUCCAAGAAAUGGCAUGAAGUGAAAAAGGAUGUAAAGAAUCCUUUUCUGGAGGAGUCAAAUUUUCACAACUUGAGCCUGAAAGAGAAAGUUCAAGUUUUGCAUGCUCUAUGUGACAUACGUUUGGAUGCUGAAGAUGUUCCUGAAGUUCUCAAGAAUCUGGAAGCAGAUAGUCUGCGUGUUGAACCCCUUGGGCAGGAUGAGCAAGGCUCCAUGUACUGGUAUUUUUAUGGAACUAGGCUAUACAAGGAGGAUCUUUCUCCCAAACAGGAAGUUUUUCUGGAGAAGCAGAAGGAAGAGAAGAAAGGCAAGAAAGAAAGGAAAGGGAAGACUGGUGACAAAAAAGACAUGAAACCAGGCCCUCUGUGGAAUGUAGUAUGUUUCACACAAGAGGACUGGGAGAAUCUGGCAGGAGACCUGGAGAACUCCUCAAGCAAAGGGGAGAGAGCCCUGUAUCGGACUUUGAAAGAGGACUUUCUUCCUGAGAUUCCUCGCCUUUUUGAUGAGAAAGACAGGUUACAAAGAAAGAGAAUCCAGGAGCUCAUGCCCAGGCGCACCUCUACUCGACUGCGAUCAACCGAAGAGAAGCGGCAGAAGCAGGACGAAACCCAGAAUGACUAUACUUCCAGCCUGUUCAAUCAGAGCACGGAGGACCUCCGUGUUGGAAUGUUCAAGGUCCUGGAUUACUUGGAAAACCUGGAAGACUCGUGGCCAUUUUUGGAACCUGUCCAAGAAGAAUAUGCUCCAAAUUACUACAAGAGGAUCUCCAAACCAAUGGACCUGCAGACAAUGGAGGAGAAGCUUGAGCAGGGAGGGUAUCUCAGCUAUGAUGAAUUUGAAGCUGAUUUCCAUCUCAUUAUCUCCAAUUGCAGGAAAUAUAAUGGGGCCACUAGUGAGGAGAAGGAGAAUGUUGAAAAGAAUAGCAAGGAGAAGAAAAGGAAGAAAAAGGAGAAGGAUGAAGGGCUUGGGAAGAAAGAUGGGAAAAAGAAGAAAAGAGCACGAAAGGAAGAGAGGGGUGAAAAUGAUGUGGGGAAUGAUAGUGAGGAAGAAAUGGAAAAGGGGGGUGUUGAGAAGAAGAAGGGAAAGAAACGGAAGUAUGAAGAUGACAUUGAAGAUGAAAUUCAUCCUCACAAGAAGGCCUCAAAACGUAGAAAGAGGGAGACAGAUGAAGAUGAGGAAUCUGAAGAAGAGGUUAAGAAAACAAGAUCAUCCACUGGAAAUUUACGUCAAGCUCGGCAACAUCCAAGCAAUCCAUCAAGUGGGGAAGACUCGGAUAGAGACAGAAAAACAAAGAAGAAGGAGAAAAAGAAGAGAAAAGACAGUGUGGAGGAGGAACAGGAACAGAAGCCCAAACCAAAGAAGCCUGGGUAUAUCAAGAACAAGAAAGCGAUUGAUGCUCUGGCUGCUGCCACAGAAGAAACUCUUAAAUGCUGUGGUGACAGCACUGUCACAAAAACAGAAUCUUCUGACUGCAUAUUUUGGCAUUACAAGGGUGAAGAAACAUACUUGGAAAAGCCAACCCACCCAAAAGCUAUGGCCGGAGGGGAUGCCCCAUGA